AACACACGCAAAAAAAGAGGAUGCUAAACACAGCCUUUGAAACCCAUGGGGAUAAUUGAUGCUGUGACGCGCAGAAGCCCACAGGACUCCAGAGGAGCACAGGUAUAAGAGGAGGAGCGCACCUCCCCGGCAGGCAGAGGACAGCUGGGGGCAGAUCUCAGUGCGCUCCCUGCUCACUGGGGGCCUGGGGUUGGUGCAGGGGACGGCUCCGCAGCGCGCACAGACAGAGGAGAAGUCGUUCCCCUGUUGCAGACACAUCGGAGCAGGAGCUGAUCCAGGAAGGGCUCGUUUUGAGGGAACGGUGACUCCAAAGGGUGGAAGAUGCUGGAUAAGGCCACCCUGUUCCUGUUCCUGCAUUUAGUUGCGAGCUCCAUCUCCUUUCCUCUCUACCCAGCUCUCAGGUACAGCCCAGGACCUGUUACUGGCAAGUCUGUGAACUUCCAUCUCCUGGACCACAGCCUGCUGCAGAGCCAUAGUCCCUCAGCAGAGGAACAGGAUGAGGAGGGUUUGUUAACAGACCCCACUGAGAAAAGGAUGCAGCGCCAUGCUGAUGCCAUAUUCACUGACAACUACCGCAAAUUCCUGGGGCAGAUUUCUGCCCGCAAAUUCUUACAGACCAUCAUUGGCAAGCGACUCAGAAACAGCGAGAGCAGUCCAGGAGAAGGGCUGCACGAGCUCCUGACAAGGCGCCAGUCAGACAGCAUCCUGAUGGACAGCCGUUACCACCAGCAGAUGGUACUGAGGGACUUCUUGGGAGCCAUGCUGCAGCAUCAAAGGCCUCAGGAUGUGACCAACACUCGGUUAGAGGGGUUUCCCAGCACCCUGGCUAAGUUCAUGUAAAUAUUUUUCCCUUUUUCGUCUCCCCAUGCUCUGAAUGAUUCAGAGCCCGUGGAUUUAACUGUACAGUAAACCAUUCACAGCAAUGAAGACAUUCCUGGAGGUGACCAGCUGGAGACUGAUGCAUACGCUCCUCAAACCUGCUGAAAGGAAUGCAGUUCUGAUGCACUACUUCAUUUACUUCAGUCUUUACUACUUAAUUCCCCUCUCUAAACACUGGUUUGUGUAGUGAAUCAGAAAAAAAACCCACCAAAGCUCUGUGGUUUAACCUCAGGCUGCUAGAAUAACCAGUGCACUUGUAAUCCUGGAGACAUUAAUUACUAACUAAAGUUUUCAGAUCAUGAAGAGCAGCAAAAUUUCUGCCAAAUCAUCACUCUGUUUGAGGGCCCAAUUAACGUACACGAGGCCACCAAAAAGCACCUUUGGGCGAUUCAGGAAACUUACAGCCUCCUCUAAACAGAUGCUGAUGGCACAACCACCCACAGUUCGGCACAGGGUGAGGUCAGACAUGAAUCCACACGUUUGCCACCCAUCACAAGCACUGCUGUGGGCCGUUGGCUCCUGGAUAGAGCCCUGGCAGCAAAACUGAAUAUACAAAGCUUAUUAUAAGCAGUCACUGAUCAGCCUCAAGGUGUUUAAACCAAAGGUACAGCUUUACUCUGCAAGAGUUAAGAGAUCUCUGUGCAUCAGAUUGGGCUGACGCUGUUUUAAUUCCAUGUGCCAUGCAGUGGCUCUGAACUCCACCGUGGCCAUAGGGUUAAGCAGUAAAUGUUUGCACUAUCACUUACAAGUUAUCUCUCACACAGCGACUUCCUUCCCUGUCACCUGAAUUCUUCUACUGUUUGUGUAAUAUUUACGUCUUCUGCAAUGUAAAUAAUGUCAGGAUGGGGUCUGCACUCCCAUCAUUAGCAGGGAAUAAAAGUUGUUCUAAAUAAACCUGUUCAACAGCA